AUUCGAAUAAUAAAUAGGCAACGAAAAUUGCGCAGUAAGAGCAUUGCAGCCCCUCGUUGCUCCCUCGGCGGCGCCGGCGGUGGUUUUAGGGUUUUCGUCUGACGGACCAUGGAUCCGGAGUUCCACUUCGACGCGGCUAGUUCGGACGAGGAGGCGGAAGUCGAGGACAGGCCUUCCCAGUCCCCAUGGGAUUUCGCCUCCUACUCGGAGUCCGUAGCUGAGGAGCACGCUCGUCGCAAUACCACCUCGGUUGAUGCUAAGAUCACUAAAGCCCUCGAGGAGCGCGUCGUCUCGCAUCCAGACGUCGGGGACGAUGAGGAAGAGGAGCCAAGCGACGAGGUUUUCUCAGGCGAUGAACUAGGCAAAGAUGACCAUAAACAUCACAAGAUCAAUGGAAGCUCAGGUGGAAGGCCUUCUUUUUUUGCAUCACAUGAAGGAGCAUCGUUUCAUGCAAAUUCUUUCCUUGAGUUGAACUUGUCUCGUCCUUUGGUAAGAGCAUGUGAAGCCUUGGGGUAUCAGAAGCCAACUCCUAUCCAGGCUGCAUGCAUACCAUUAGCACUAACUGGCCGCGAUAUAUGUGGAAGUGCCAUUACUGGUUCUGGAAAGACUGCUGCUUUCUCCCUGCCUGUAUUGGAACGUCUACUUUUUCGCCCGAAGCGUAUCCAUGCAAUCAGAGUGCUAAUUUUAACUCCGACAAGGGAAUUGGCUGCACAGGUCCAUAGUAUGAUCGAGAAACUUGCUCAAUUUACAGAUAUCAGAUGUUGCCUUGUUGUUGGUGGCCUUUCAACAAAGGUACAAGAGGCAGCCUUAAGAUCAAUGCCUGACAUUGUGGUAGCUACUCCAGGACGAAUAAUAGAUCACCUGCGGAAUUCACUUUCAGUUGGGCUUGAAGAUCUCGCUGUUCUAAUACUGGAUGAGGCAGACCGUCUUUUGGAAUUAGGCUUUAGUGCUGAAAUGCAUGAACUGAUACGAAUGUGUCCCAAACGGAGGCAAACAAUGCUCUUCUCUGCAACUAUGACUGAGGAAGUAGAUCAGCUUGUUAAUCUUUCAUUAAAUAAACCUGUACGCCUGGAGGCUGAUCCAUCAUACAGAAAACCAGCUACAUUGACAGAGGAGGUUGUUAGAAUACGUCGGUCACUUGAAGCAAACCAGGAAGCAGUUCUUCUUGCUCUUUGUUCGAAAUCAUUCACACAGAAAGUGAUAAUUUUCAGUGGGACAAAGCAAGCUGCACACAGAUUGAGAAUUGUAUUUGGUCUAGCUGGCAUGAAAGCCGCAGAGCUCCAUGGUAAUCUUACUCAAGCACAACGGCUGGAUGCUUUGGAACAAUUCAGAAAGCAAGAAGUGGAUUUUCUAAUUGCAACUGAUGUUGCUGCUCGUGGUCUUGAUAUCGUCGGUGUUCUGACAGUGAUUAAUUUUGCCUGCCCACGUGAUUAUAAAAGUUAUCUUCAUCGUGUUGGUCGUACUGCUCGAGCUGGGCGUGAAGGAUAUGCUGUUACAUUUCUCACCGAUGAUGAUAGAUCUCUAUUAAAGGCCAUUGCAAAGAAAGCUGGUUCACAAUUGAAGAAUCGCAUUGUUGCAGAAAAACCUGUAGCUGAAUGGACAAAGCUAAUAGAAGAAAUGGAGGAUCAAAUUGCUUCUGUUUUUGAAGAAGAGCGAGAAGAGAGGGCAUUCAGGAAAGCUGAAAUGGAAGCUACAAAAGCUGAAAACAUGAUAAUGCACAAGGAAGAAAUCUUUUCACGCCCCCAAAAAACUUGGUUUGUCACUGAAAAGGAGAAGAAGGCUUUGGCAAAGGCCACUAAAGUGUCCUUGGACAAUGUUCAAAAUGGCCGUAACCCAGUAAUGAGUGCACAGGAAGCCGAAGAGCUGAAACUGAAAGAGAAGAGGAGGAGAGAGCGUGAGAAAAAUUUGCCACGGAAGAAACGCCGUAGAUUAGAAGCAGCCCGAGAGAUGUUGGAGAAUGAAGAAGAUAAUGAUGAAGAUCAGGAAGCUGAAGGUCAGAAGAAAAAGAAGACUGGUCGGUCACUUGUUGAUGUUGGCUAUCGGCGGGCAAAAUCAAUGAAGGCCAUGAAGAAGAUGCAAGAUGCUGGGAAGAAGUUACCAAAGAGUGCAAAGAACAACCAACUUGCUCAAAAGAACAGUUCGAGGAAGGAAGAAAUGCUUGAGCUAUUCCAAAAUGAUAUGAGUGACAAAAAGCAAGCGCAGAUCACUAACAAAAAUAAGAAUGUUUCAGUGCGGAGAAAAUCAAAUGGUUCCUUCAAGAGCAAAUCAAGGUACAAACGUAGAAAAUAGGGCAUACAAAGCAUGAGGAAGGCCGCCCAACUGUACCAUAUCUGAGGUUUCCGACUAUUGUAUCGUGUUUUGUUUGAAGGCUAAAAUGCUGAGUGCUGGAAUGAAAUGGAUUUACCACUUCUCUUCCAUUUUAAAUCUUACAAAUUGGCGAUCUGUAAUCUUUGGUAAAUUAUCCAAUCAAAAUUGACAGCGGAUGACUGACUUGUAUCUGUCGAUCUGGAAGACAUUUUACAUUUGGAGCAAGUAGUUUAUUGAUGAAAGUAUAGAGCCUAGGAUUUGCUCCAAAAAUAUGUUUUAUUAGUCAGAAACGGGUGUGAAUUUCACGAAAAGGAUCUGCUGGAUGUAUCUUUCUCUA